AAUGAAAACAAUUGGUUAUUUGCAUAACCUUUUUUGCUAAUACACUAUUGAGAUUGAGUAAAAGAUGAACAAAAGUUAUUUCUUUUAAGAUCAAAUCAUAUAAAGAUUCAUACAUGUAAUUUAAGUGCUCAUUUUAAAAAUGAAAGGAACUAUAUUAAACUAGCAUGAUAAACACAAGUAGUUCCCUUUCACAUGAAAUACAUUAUCAUCUUGGCUGCAUUUAUCUAACACCAAGAAGUUGUGAUGAUGCCUAACACUUCGAAGCGCCAUUACCAAGAUUUUGAUCCUGUUUCAGAAUUGAUAUCAGAAAAAGAAAGUGACGUCUUGAUUGUUGAUCUCCCAGGUUUCAGGAAGGAGCAAUUGAACGUUUCAGUAACCUCAUCAGGCAAUGUAAGAAUAAGAGGAGCGCGGUUGAUUGAAGACAACAUAUGGAUGCGUUUUGAAAAACAUUUUCAGCCAGCGUCGAACAUCGAUACAGAUCACAUGACUAGUAAAUUUUUAGGAGGCAAACUUUACCUCACACAGCCUAAGUUGAACAUAACAACAGAAACUGAACAAGCAGAUGCAGAAGAAAAAACAGCUGCAGAAGCAGCAAAUACCAAACAGCAAGAAUUGCUAACCAUGUCACAACGUCAAACACAAGAAUCACCACCCACGACAGUAUCUAACCUGCAAGAAGCACCACCCAUAACAGAACCUCAAUUGCAAGAAUCACCGCCUGCGACACAUCCUGAACCGCAAGAAUCUGCACUUGUGGCACAAACUCAACUACAGGAAUUAGAGUCUGUGCCACAACAUCAACCACAAGAAUCAGAGUCUGUGCCACUAUCUGAACUGCAGGAAUCAGCACUUAUACCACAAACUCAGCUGCCAGAAUCAGCAUCCUUACCACAAACUCAACCCCAUGAAUUAGAACCAGUGCAAGAACAGGAAGCUCCUUCUGAGGUAAAGGGCGAGGAAGCAGAGGACAUCGAAGAAAAAUCCGAGUUACAUGAGGGAAAUAAACAAGCAUGGGAUGGUUGUGAGGUUAUUAAGGAGCUGAUAAGAAAUCCAGAGAAACUGAAAAAGUACACUAUUUAUGUUAUGAUGUUGCUUAUAAUUCUACUUGGAUUGUAUAUGAAUAAGAUGUUCAAUCCAUUUACCGAGAAGCUGGCUGAGCAGCAAAGUGGUUUCGGGAUUGAUCAUCAAGAGCUUUGAUCUUUGAAAGAUUAAAACGAUGAGAUGCAGCAGGACCUAAUCACUACUUGAAAAUUCUCAGAUCGAAUUCAUGAAUAUUUUAGUUCUGAAGAUGCGUAUUUCCGACAAAUAGUGAAAUUUACAAGCAAUAAUACGCCAUGAUUUCAUUUUGAAAUAUAGAUUCAGUUUGUUUGGCUUGGUAAAAUUUGUAAUUUUGAGAACGGGUUUGUCACUUUGUUUGUACCUGUAGAAUUUACAAUAGUCAUAAUUUACAAUAGUCCAAAUAAAGUGGGACAAAGUCAUUAAAGUCGAGGGAGUAUUACUUUAUGCGAUCUCUCAAACUAAGUUUGCUCCAAACGGACAAACCUUCCCAAUGAGAGGCUUUUUUCACAUAAAGGGGCCAAACUCAAGGGUCCUUAGGAGUACUUCUUGUCUUAGGUGUUAGGAAAUAACCCAUAUUUGAUCCACAUCGAAGAAUUAAAGAGAGGUUGACUAACAUGUAUAAUUGAUGGACUACUCUUUCUAAUACCAAUUGGUUUUAAGAUGAAA